AUGUCUUUGAAGCAGGAAAUCGAGACGUGGGUGGCAGCCCUCAACCAUUACGAUAAUAAUGAAUUCGACGAAGCGUUGAAGGAGUUCGAUGGCAUUUCGGAUACAUCCAAGAUUCUUUUCAAUUGCGGAGUCAUUCAUGCUACGCUUGGAGAGCAUGAGAAGGCUGUCGAGUGCUAUCAACGAGCAGUUCGAUUGGAUCAGUACCUUGCUGUGGCAUAUUUUCAACAAGGUGUAUCAAAUUUCUUGGUGGGGGACUUUGAAGAGGCACUGGCGAAUUUCAACGACACACUCCUCUACCUGAGGGGAAACAACAUGAUCGACUAUGCCCAGCUUGGUCUCAUGUUCAAGUUAUAUUCCUGCGAGGUCCUCUUCAACCGUGGGCUGUGUUAUAUAUAUCUUCAACAGAAAGAAGCUGGGAUGCAGGAUUUCUCAUUUGCUGUCAAGGAGAAGGUUGUCGAGGAUCAUAAUGUCAUCGACGAUGCCAUCCGGGAAGAGGCGGAGGGUUACACCGUUUUCUCCAUACCCGUCGGUGUGGUAUAUCGACCGAACCAGGCCAAGGUCAAGAACUUGAAGACGAAGGAUUACUUGGGUAAGGCGCGUUUGGUCGCUGCUUCAGAUCGCUCGAACGCCUUUACUGGAUUUGCUGGAUCUGAAAUCAAGAAUGCUGGCAAAUUGGAUGUGAAGGAUGAUCGACCACCCGAGAAUCUCUCAUUCGCAGCUACGAAUCUUGUGAAACCUGGUCUUCAGAGCAAACGACAACAGUCAGAGCCUCCUAUGAAUCGCAACGUCUUCCCUCCCACUCCACCUCCCGAAUCCGAGAAGACCCAGGCUCCAAACCAGAUGAGCAGAGGAGCUUCAGUUCGGAACGGUCCUAAGCCAAUGCCCGCCAAACUCAACAUUGAGAAGGCUCGUCCGAGAGAAGGGUAUGAAGUGAGAGAAAGGCAGGGAACUACGCGCACAGCCUCCGAGUCAAGAGUACCCCCAGCCCGAAGAGGCAACUCUCGUCCACCAGUGCAGAGAAGGACGCCGGAAGAAGAAGAAGAUGACUACCCAGGCGAACUCUACGAUAUGUAUUCGGGAACGAGAACGUCGCGGAGUAGCAAAGCGCGACGUCAACCACAAUACAUCGACGAGGAGGAGGAGUAUGCCAGUGAUUACGAUGAUGGAUCCUUUGAUGAAGGCGAAUUCGAGAUGGUUUCAAAUCGCCCGCCUCCGGGACCACGGUCUCGAGCACCCUCGUCAGUUGGCGGCCGCGGCCAAUCACGAAGACCCGACAUCAGGAAAAUCCGAGUCAAAGUUCAUGCGGACGAUGUUCGCUACAUCAUGAUUGGUUCCGCCGUCGAAUUUCCCGACCUUGUCGACAAGAUAAGAGAUAAAUUUGGGUUACGCAAGCGUUUCAAGAUCAGGGUCCGUGACGACGAUAUGCCAAACGGAGAUAUGAUUACCAUGGGCGACCAGGAUGAUCUUGAUAUGGCUAUUAUGAGCGUCAAGUUGACGGCGAGGAGAGAACGUUUGGACAUGGGCAAGAUGGAAGUCUGGGUCCAAGAAGUUUGA